AUGAAUGAAUCUAAUUUGUAUGCCAAAGAAUCGUUAAAUGUACAGAAAAUUAUUGGAAUUUUAAAUGCUGUUGAAUCUAAGACAUGGGAUUUAGUGCCUUCAACAAUAAAUUGUUUAGCUUCUUGGCUAAUAAUUUCAGUCAGUAGUGAGUAUAAACGAAGAGGAAUUGCUGAAGCCCUUUUAAAUUAUAAUUUAGAGGAAAUGGAGAAAUUUGGAUGUCAAGGAUUAAUUGCAGAAGCCAGUGCUUUUAAUUCACAAAAAUUAUUUCAAAAAAUGGGAUAUUCUAGACUUUUUGAAAUUAAACAUUCUGAUUGGAAAGGUGAAGAUGGAAAACAAAUAUUUAAUUGUAAAGACGGAACAGACAAAAUAACCCUUGAAUUUAAACAAUUUACUAAAAAUGUUAAAGAAUUUAUUUAA